AUGAAUAAACCUUACCAACGCAAAGCUCCAGUUGACACCAUUUCCGUCGAAUUCAACGACUGGAUAUGGCCUAACUGGGCAACAUCAGCUUCGCCAGCGGUUGCGAGUGCUGAAGUUCUGGACCUGUGGUUUCAGGCCUGCCAGGAUGUCCGUGAAAUGGUCUGCGACGGCAGGAAUCCUCGUCUCUGCGCCGACGAGUGCCAGGAGGUGCCUUUGAAGCGAAGCAUCUCGUCAGAGCUAGAUACUCCUACCCCUGCCGAGAAGCCGAUGCCAAGGGCUUUUCCGGCCAGGCCUGAAGGACAGUCCACAGAGAACAAGAUUACACUGAAGUUUGCGUUCAUGGCUCUGACGUACAUCUUCUUCCGCGAACGAUUAUCACCCAAGCCAUCGUCUAUGCAAAUGGACGAGGCAAAAGCUUGCUUGCAAAAGCUGGAAGGUGAUCUGGAAACAAUCCUGAACAUACCGGCGAGCGAGGCGCAAGCUGCAAGAGAGGCACUCCGCCCUUUGGUCGAGCAUUUAAUCCUUGUGGAAUACAAGGUGGCUGCUGAGAAAGCAGACGACACAGACAAUGGCGAGAGAUAUGGUUUGCCCAGAAUCCCAUUAAUCAAAGUCGAUAAGCCUCUGCCCACGGCCUCUCGGAUCGACAGUAACGGACGCAUGCUUUUGGCAAUAUUCGGGAGAUGCUUAGCAAAAACUGUCGAGUGCAGCAGGCUCGUGACGCCGGGGCGACGAUUAUUGGAGCUGUUGGACGAGGCCGGUCGGGCCUUCACUGGUUACAAGGAUGACUGCACCGCACCGCAGGGAUUGGAAAGCUACCAUGUCGUCCGCUGGUUAUAUGACUGGCGGAUGAAUCGAGAGGGAAAGCUUGACGAAGACGAGCUGAUGCUCUGGGCUCUGACGGGGAAGCAAGCCCGUUACUCUGGUACCCUUGUCCAGAUGAUCCGCAACAUGAAACUGGCCCAGGACAAGUUGCUCAGUCAAUAUGCAUUGGCUGAGAAGCUGUACGGAGAUUUGAGUGCCAUCCGCGCUGUUGCAUCCAGUGUGGAGAUCAGAGAAGCAAUCGACAAGGCCAUAUGGUAUCAGGGGAGUCGCUGCGGGAUACCAUUCUGCAAUUUUAUCAACUUCAGCUACUAUCCUCCAGCAAACGAGGUGCCUACAGGCUGGCAGCCGCUGAAGAAGUUCCAGAAGCUCAAGACCAAGCAGGAAAAGCUCACAUGUAAGUUUCAACAGGAUCUUAAAACCGUCUCAUUCGUGACAGGACUCAAGAUCAAGUUGGACCGCAGAAGUGAGAAUGCCGCCGCCAAGAAGGAAAUGCAGGCUACCAUCAAGGCCGAACGGAAAGCCGCUGCGGAAAAGGCAGCGGCUGCCAGAAUGAAAGUGGUCGCCCUCCAAGCUUCUGCUCCACAAACCAAGCUUUCUUUGAGAACCGCCGCGCGGUAUUCUGGGAUCAACAGGGAGGGUCAGUUCCGAGAAGUCCCUAGCAAACCGGGAGAUUCAAUAGUUCUUAGCACGUCGGCGGUUUCGAUUAUUUCCCCGGAGGAUGCGACCUCUAUGGAUGACUCCCAUUGUGAUCAGAGUGGCGACAAGAGCGACGAUUGA